ACCUAUAUUGCUAGCACACUGACCCUAUAGCUAUAGUCUGUAUGUACAUGGAAGGUCAGUCAAAGUCAACACUGAACAGACAUACAUUAAUAUUCUCGGGUAGAGGCAAAAAGAAACAUGAUUGGUCAGUGGUGUGUGUUCAUAGCAGUUUUGAUACCUCACAGCACGUGUUUUUUAGUUUGGCCAUUUAACAUACCAAAUGUUACCCCUACAUCACAACCUGAGAUUACCAUGAGUGGUGGAAAUGUUGUACCACCACUGACCACCCAUGUCUUGGACACUGCGCGUGGUAUCCCCGGCGGUGGAAUCAGUAUGGUGCUACUAAUCCAGACCGGUAAUGGAGAGUUCAGGGAAAUAGAAAGGGGUACCACAACCAAUGAUGGCCGUGGAGGUUUCCUGAGUAGUUCCUCUCUUCAGGCAGGGGCUGUGUACAAACUAUUCUUUGACACAGACUGUUACUUCAAGAGCAUUGGAGUCAAAGGCUUCUAUCCAUAUGUAGAGGUUGUGUUCCGCAUUGAGGACCCCUCCCAGCACUACCAUGUGCCUCUGUUGCUGAGUCCCUAUGGGUACUCCACGUACAGAGGAAGUUGACUAUUAAGUAGCUCUCUAACCAAUCAUUGUGAUACUUUAUACCCAAUUAUAGAUGAUCUGAUCCCAAUUAUAUUCAUCAUUAUAAAAAAGUGUCUUUGAUAAUCAGUUUAUUUUUCUACUUUUGAUAGUUAAAUGUGUAUACAUAUGUAUAUGAAUGUCCAUUCCUCAGCAGUCUUAGUCUGUUAUGUGGGAUAAUUACGUGGCAUACAUUUUAAUAUCAUAUCUUGAUAUAAUUUUACAAAUAUUGAUUCAUUUGAAAUAUAUUUUAGCUAUAAAUCUUUCAUAUAUUUCUUCAUACAAAGCUCUUUUUCCCAACAAGAUCAUUAUACCGACCAGAAUUCUAAAAAUGGUCGUGACAAUCUAGCCCUCUUAACAAGCUUGCAGUACUUGUAGUUCAUUAAAGAGACCUGAGAGGGUGGACCUCAUUACAUGGUCUUGAGAUGUAUACAUUUUAUGAUUGUUUAUAAUAUAUAUUGAUGAUUCCUUUGUAAUUUCCUUUAAUACAAUAUAUCUUGAUUUUUU